AUGUCUGAAAUAAUACUACCAGGAGACAAACUACCGAUCCAUAGAGCUUUAGUUCAAGAAGAUCCAGAAAAUGAAGCUGGAUCCAAUAUAACGAUUGGACCAGGAUUAUAUAAAAGCAUCAACUCCAAACAAAUCAUACCUACUCAAGCUGGGAUUUUUGAAUCAAAAACAAUCAAGAGACAUGAACAAUUAUAUUACAUCGAGAGUAAUAGUAGUCGAUACAUACCGCAAACCAAUGAUUAUGUGAUUGGAGUCAUCACUGGUGUCAUUGGAGGUGAGAGUUAUAAAGUUUCCUUACAAGAUUUUUCCAAUCCAGUGAUAUUAUCAAUGAUGGCAUUUCCAAAUGCUACUAAGAAGAAUAGACCUAAUUUACAAAAUGGUCAGAUUGUGUAUGCCAGAGUUUCAAAUGCAGGUAAUGAGAUAGAGACUGAAUUGGAAUGUAUAGAUCCUACUACUGGUAAAGAUGGAGGGUUUGGAUUAUUGGACGAAUCUGGAUUUUUAUUCAAUGUGAAAAGUUUAAAUUAUACUCGAGAAUUAUUAUUUAAUCCUAAUUCAACUAUCUUAGAGAAAUUAAGUUCAAGAUGUAAAUUUGAAAUUGCUAUUGGGAUUAAUGGUAAGAUUUGGAUUAAAUGUGGUGAUGGAUUGAAUUUAAAUAAAAUGGAAGUUGAAGAUGAUAAUGGUUCAAGCACAGUAAGUAAUGAUUCUAGUAAGGAUAUUAAAGUUACAUUAGCUGCUGUUAAGUAUAUUACUCAAUGUCAACACUCUUCACCAGAUCAAUUUGAUAAUAUCUUACAACAAUCAUUCAAGGAUAUAUAG